UCGCUCUCCAACACAAAGACCUCGGCUUUUACCUCUCGUAUUCUCUCAGCAUCCCCUACACACUCUGGGGACCCGGGAGCAGAUUGGGAGCCAAGGCAGCCCAUCCUUCGAGAGUUUGAAAUCCCAGGUCCUCGACGGAAUCACACCAUCCGCCCUCCCUCCCCAGCCUGGUUCAGGGUCUCACCUGUCCUUUCACAACGCCUGGAGGAAGGUACUCUAGGCAAUUCUUCCCAAGGAGAUGUCGAUUCCAUUCUCCAACACCCAUUAUCGAAUUCCACAAGGAUUUGGGAAUCUUCUUGAAGGCCUGACACGUGAGAUUCUGAGGGAACAACCAGAAAACAUACCAGCUUUUGCAGCAGCAUAUUUUGAGAACCUUCUAGAGAAAAGAGAGAAAACCAACUUUGAUCCAGCAGAAUGGGGGGCUAAGGUAGAGGACCGCUUCUAUAACAACCAUGCAUUCAAGGAGCAAGAAAAAUCUGCUCAAGAAAAGUCACAGACAUCUGUGAAAGGGGAAGACAUAGAAGACAUACCAGGCAAUGCAGAAGAGUUGGAGGAAGAAGAAAAAGAAAAAGAGGAAUCUGCUGCUGUCAAAAUCCAGGCAGCCUUCCGGGGACAUGUAGCCAGAGAAGAGGUAAAGAAAAUGAAAUCAGAUAAAGUUAAAGAUGAGACAGAAGAAGAAAAGGAGUAAGGACACUGGUUUCCCCCCAGAACACUUGAAAAAAUAAUCCAAAUCCAUCAACCUUGUUGGGAUUAUCGGGGUUUUUUUCCCUUAGUAAGGGAAAUUUGAUGUUGUAAAAUAACAUUUGUUGCUGUUGUGAAAAAUCUGUCAUGAGCAUUUGUUUAAUAAACACGCCAUUGAAACAUA